AUGGCCUCGGGCAACAAUGGUCGGGCUCAGAGUGUGAUGAUGGUUUUUGUGUAUUUGAUUCUUCUUUUCCGAACCGAUGGGCACCUUGAGGGCUCUCUGAAACACUUGCUCCACAACGGCUUUGAGGUUCGGGUCGUGCGGGUGCGGGACCCACAUGGCGAACUUAUAUCUUAA